UCAGUUGUGAAUCGCUCGCCGUCGACUACACAAUGCUGGGCGUGAGCCUUCUCCUGGUCCUGGCGGCAUUCGCCACCCUGCUGGUGUGGGAUUACUUUUGGCGCAAGAGGCGUAACGAUAUGCUGCAGUAUAUGCCGGGUCCGCCGCCGCUCCCGCUGCUGGGCAAUGUCCUCAUGUAUCGCGGUCUGGAUGCCGAGCAAAUCAUGGACUUUGUGACCAAGAAUCAGCGCAAAUACGGACGGAUUUACAAGGUGUGGGUUAUCCACCAGCUGGCCGUGUUCUCCACCGAUCCGCGGGACAUUGAGGUGGUGCUGAGCAGCCAGCAGCACAUCACCAAGAACAAUCUGUACAAGCUGCUCCACGAGUGGCUGGGCGAGGGCCUGCUGAUGAGCACGGGCAGGAAGUGGCAUGGCCGCCGGAAGAUCAUCACGCCCACGUUCCACUUCAAGAUUCUGGAGCAGUUUGUGGAGAUCUUUGACCAGCAGAGCACUGUGAUGGUCAAGCAGCUGCAGUCGCGGGCCGAUGGCAAGACCGCCAUCAAUAUCUUUCCGGUGGUGUGCCUCACGGCUCUGGACAUCAUUGCAGAGACCGCCAUGGGAACGAAGAUCAAUGCCCAGAUGGAUCCCAAUCUGCCCUAUGUGAAGGCUGUCAAUGAAGUCACCAACAUAAUGAUCACUCGGUUUAUACACGCCUGGCAGCGGGUCAACUGGAUAUUCCGGCUGACCCAGCCAUCGGUGGCAAAGCGCCAGGAUGCGGCCAUCAAGGUGAUGCAUGACUUCACCGAGAAUAUCAUCCGACAAAGGCGUCAGGCCUUGGUCGACUCGCCGGAUAAGGGACAGACGGAGGAUCAGGUAGACGAUCUGGGUCAGAAACGUCGCAUGGCUCUGCUGGAUGUCCUGCUCCAGUCCACCAUCGACGGUGCUCCCUUGAGCGAUGAGGAUAUCCGCGAGGAAGUAGACACCUUUAUGUUCGAGGGUCACGACACCACCACAUCGGCCAUAUCCUUCUGCCUGUACGAGAUCUCCAGGCAUCCGGAGGUGCAGCAGCGGCUGCAGCAGGAGCUACGUGAGGUACUGGGCGAGGAUCGGGAGCGUUCGGUCACGCUGCGUGAUCUGGGUGAGCUGAAGUACAUGGAGAAUGUGAUCAAAGAGUCGCUGCGGCUGCAUCCGCCGGUGCCGAUGAUCGGCCGCUGGUUUGCCGAGGAUGUGGAGAUACGCGGCAAGCGGAUUCCAGCCGGCACCAACUUCACCUUGGGCAUCUAUGUCCUCCUGCGUGAUCCUGAGUAUUUUGAGUCGCCGGAUGAGUUCCGUCCUGAGAGAUUUGAGGCUGACAUGCCGCAAGGUCAUCCGUAUGCCUACAUACCCUUCUCUGCUGGUCCCAGGAACUGCAUUGGCCAAAAGUUUGCCCUGCUAGAGAUGAAGAGCACCAUUGGCAAGCUGUUACGUCAUUUCGAGCUGCUGCCCCUAGGCCCGGAGCCCAGGCACUCGAUGAACAUUGUCCUGCGCUCGGCCAAUGGUGUCCACUUGGGCCUGAAGCCACGCACAAUAAAGAAACUUAACCCCAAGUGGGUGCCUCCGUCAGGGCAUUCCGGGUACAUCCGGUGGCAGUGGCAACUCAACAUGUUGGUGGCUCUGUUGGCUACGCUCCUAGUAGCUCGCUUAGUGGUCUGGCUGCUCCGACGGACGCUAUGGGAGCUGCGCCAUCCCCUGCGUGGCCUGGUGCCCUGUGUUUCCAGUAUCCCACUGGUGGGAUCCGCCUGGCAAAUGCGUAGUUUUCAGCCGGACAAUCUUCACGAGAAAUUCGCCGAAUAUGUGCAGCGCUUUGGACGCAGCUUCAUGGGCUGUGUCCUGGGCCAUGUGGUGGUGAUUACCGCGGAGCCGCGCCAUGUGGACGCCCUCCUACACAGCCAACAGCAGCUGCGAAAGGCCACGUUGUACUAUGCCCUGCGCGGCUGGCUGGGCAAUGGCCUCCUCCUGAGCCAUGGCGACCCGUGGCGGGCCAUGCGCAAGAUCAUUACGCCUACGUUUCACUUCAGCAUUCUGGAGCAGUUCGUUGAGGUCUUUGACAAGCAGAGCAGCCGGCUGGUGGAGCGUCUAAGCCCGCUGGCUUCGAAUGGGGGCGAAGUCAACAUUUAUCCCUAUGUGGGAUUGGCGGCUCUGGACAUUAUCACCGAGACGGCCAUGGGCGUUAGCGUGGACGCCCAAAGGGAUGAGGACUCCGAAGUGGUUCAGGCUGUCAAAGAACUCACCAAUGUCCUGGCCACGCGGUUCGUGAGGCCUCACCUCCUCUUUCCCCAGAUCUUUCGCCUAUGCUGGCCCGCCGGCUUGCGGAAGCAGAAGGAAGGUGUCCGCAGUCUGCACCAGUUCACCAACGAAAUCAUCGAGCAGCGCCGCCAGCAGCUGGCCAGGGAGGACCAGCAGGAUCAGCACUACCUUCAGAAUGUUCCUCAGAAGCGUCAUGCCCUGCUGGACACCCUGUUGCGCGCCACUUUGGAUGGACAACCGCUCACGGACAAGCAGAUACGUGACGAAGUCAACACCUUCAUCUUCGAGGGCCAUGAUACCAGCACCUCGGCGGUGUCCUUCUGCUUGUACUUGCUCUCUCGGCACGAGGAAGUCCAGCAAAAGCUGUUCGAGGAGCUGCGCGAGCACUAUGGCCCUGGUUUGGGCCGGGGCGUGGUGUAUACGGAUUUCGCAGCUCUGACCUAUCUAAACUGUGUGGUCAAGGAAUCGCUGCGUCUGUUUCCCCCGAUUCCAGCGGUGGCACGCUGUCUGGAAACGGAUUUGGAAAUAGAGGGCGGCCACAUCCCCGCGGGCACCAAUGUAGUGGUGCUUCUCUGGCAGCUGCUGCGCGACGAGUCUCUCUUUGCCGAUCCCCUGCUUUUCCUGCCGGAACGGCAUCUGGGCGAUGAGGUGACCAGGCAGGGAGCCUACAGCUUUAUACCCUUCUCCGCGGGCCCCAGGAACUGCAUUGGCCAAAAGUUCGCCCUGCUGGAGAUGAAAACCAUGGUAAUUAAGAUGGUGCGGCACUACCAGCUCCUCCCCUUGGGUGCGCCGGUGGAGCCGUCCAUUAAGAUUGUGUUGCGAUCGCGAAACGGGGUUAAUUUGGGCCUGCGACCGCGGUCAUAUUGAUACAAUGUGAUUUUAAUAUUUAAAGUUUGGUUUUGUAGUAGUGCAAAUAUUUAAAUUUGAUAAUCGAUAGUCGAUAGAUGUAAGCAUCAGACAGAUGGAACUAGUGAUGAGCAGACUUGACUACUUUGCCGCCAGAUUGGGCUUUAUUUUUUUACCAAAGAAUUGUUAUUAUUAAAAUUAAUAAUAUAUACGGGACUAAGUAAAUAACAAAUUGAUUUGACUAAGAUUUCGAGAAUUAAAGUCUUUGCUAAUCCAAUUCAGAA